UUUUUUUUUUCUCUCACACACUCUUGGAGCUCCUCCCCAAUCAUCGAGUCGCCGCUCUCUACUUUAACUAUUCCUCUCUGGGCCACUCACGGAACCGACGGGUCUUUUCCUUCUUGGGUUCUUCUUACGUCCGCAUCUCGCCCGACUUGAUCUCUUUCUCUUCAUUUUCCCUUCCCCACAACCGCCACCCACCCCCAGACAACUCUGGUUCAAGGGAAGAAAGGUGGCCUGAUACUUUCUGUUUUUUCUUUCUUUUCUUUCAUCAAUCGGAAUUAAUAAGAAAAGAAAGAAGAAGAGCCUUCGAAUUCGAUUUACUCGACUGGUGACGCGCACUCGAAGGACGGCAAUCGCUUAUCGGAAAAACGGUUGGAAUUGUUAUUCCUUUCCAUCCCUUCGCCUCUGAAGCUCACUGUUCUCGGCCGGUCGCUUUCGCCGUUGAUACCCACUCACGCUAUUAUCUUUUUUAUCCCUUUGAUUUAUUUUAUUUUUAAUAAUUAACGAAUCGGUCAAGGGCGAAAUCGCAAAGAUAUAAUCGGAAGCAUUGGCAUGAUGGGGUCAUUGGAAGCCAGUCAUAGGCAUAGGGACCAUCUACCAGCCCUUGGUUUUCUAGGAAAAGACGGAUCGGGAUAUCCCCCAAAACACCCAGCUGUUGCACCGGGCCCUGUAACAUCGCCAGGAGCUCUUCUCAGCCCAACAAGCAUGUAUUCCGGCCAGCCAUUACCAUGCUCGUACCCAACAUCGUCCGCCAGCGCACCCUCUGUGCAGCCUGGUUAUAUCUCGCCUACGGAUUCGCGGCGCGUACUUGAAGAGGAGAAGGAGAAGCAACAGUCACAACCACAAAGGCAAUCACUUCCGUCCAUCCACGAGGCUUUAGGAAAUGAUAACCCCCUUCCGUAUCCUGCGCCCACGUCGGCGGCUCCUCAGCAGCCUCAACAUGCGCCACAUUCGCAUCUUCUAUCUUCAAAUGUUAUAGGACGACCGACUGUCGAAGCACCGCCAGGACCAUCGAAUCCGUUUUCAAAUGUAAUAUCAUCAGGGCCUUAUGUGGUGCGGGACUCAGCGUACCCUCAACCUCAACUGCAAGCAGAAGCAUCUCGGGGGAGUUUGGCGUCAGUUACCACUCAAGAUUCGCGAAAUCACUCGAUUCAAUCCCUGAGUUCGGGCAAAUCACCCACGCAGAGUCAAAAAACGGGGAUCACGUCAAUUGCUGGCUCACAGACGGGAUCGGCCUAUGAAUAUAGUGCUCCUACUUCUGCGGGCAGCAUCGCCUCUCCCAACGGCUAUGGUCCAUUUCCGCAGAACUUCUCCUUCCAGUCGCAGCCUCCACCAAAUGCGCCAGCGUAUCCAGUUGCGUAUGACACCCGACCCUACGGUACUACAUGGAAGUCGGGUGUGCCCGAAAUGGCGCGUGUCGAGGAAAUGAAGGCCGGACAUACGGGUCGUGCUAUUGCGGGACAGAUCCCGGGCGAUUCUGUCAAACGGCAUUUGGACGUGUAUGAUGUGGAGACAUCGCUCAAUGAGAUUGCGGAGAUGAGCACGCGCACGCUGGACUUUUCACGGCACUACGCUGCAAGAGCGCACCAGUCCCAGCGUUCUGGGCCCGUUGUAAUGCCCUCUCUACAGGAAGUGGAGGAGAUGCUUAGUGUUCAGCGCCGGAACCAGGAUGCCUUACUACGUAUACGAGCUGCAGUUGUGAGCCAAGAGCACGCAUUGGCAGAACAAAUGGCCCAAAGAAAAGCCUUCAAGGCUGGUGGGGUCCGUGACGAUGACCACAUGGCAAUGUACCAAGAUGAAUACAAGGGUAGUGGCGGCUUUGCCGGACCAGAUUCGAAGAAGCGACGAGGGAAAGCAGCCCCCCCUGGCCGUUGCCACAGUUGCAACCGAGCUGAGACACCAGAAUGGCGCCGCGGUCCAGAUGGUGCUCGGACUCUAUGCAACGCAUGUGGAUUGCACUAUGCCAAGUUGACGCGCAAGAUGGGUGCCAAACAGGCAUCGUCCUUGGGUUCCAACCUUAAACCCAAGACUCUUGACUCCGCAUCUCCAACUGGCCGUUAACAUAUCAGACGUCCCUUUAUGUGGCGCUGAAAAACAGAAAAAAAGAAAAAAAGAAAAAGAAAAAGAAAGAAAGAAAGAAAGAAAGAAA